GAGGCAGACGUGUCUUCUUCUUCUCCCUCGCGUCGCGCGUUGGCUCUCUCUCCGCCGCAAUAAAACUCCCUCCCGCCCAAUCACCUCCUCCUCCUCCGCCUCCGCUGCUUCCGAGAGCCAAAGGCCGCCUUUCAUCUCCGACCGCCGCCUGUCCCCUGCUCCUGCUCCUGCUUCUGCUGCUGCUUCACCGACUCACCGUCGUCGUCGUCUACUUCUUCUUCCCGUUGAGCAAGGAGCGGUUUUUGGAGUAGGUCCGGGCCAGCUUCUUCCGCCGCUUCGCCUCGCCUGCACCGUCCCAGGAAGAUCUUGAGCCGGGGGCUGGGAUGGCGGCAGCGAUGAACGGCUUUGCGAGCCUCCAAUGCAAGGCGACGGUGCAUGUCGACAAAGGGCACAUGCAACCUUCCGGGGUGGCCUUCUUCUCUCCAAACAACAGAUGCUCCCAGCUUCAUAUCUCCAGAAUUCCUCAUUUCAUUGGCGCGAAGGCUGUUAGCACUUCCCAACAGCGUAUGAGGCACAAGGUCUGCUCCAUCAGAGCCUCUGCUGCCUCAUGCUUGCAGGAUGAUACAACAAAAUAUUUCGAUUUUGUGGUCAUUGGCAGCGGUGUUGCUGGCCUAAGGUAUGCUCUAGAAGUUUCUAAGCAUGGCUCUGUGGCCAUCAUUACCAAAGCAGAGCCUCAUGAGAGCAACACAAACUACGCACAAGGCGGCGUCAGUGCGGUUCUAUGCCCCUCAGAUUCUGUAGAGAGUCACAUGCAAGACACAAUUGUCGCAGGGGCUUAUCUGUGUGAUGAAGAGACUGUCAGGGUAGUAUGCACAGAAGGACCAGAGCGUGUGAAGGAACUCAUUUCCAUGGGUGCUUCAUUUGACCACGGCGAGGACGGGAGGCUGCACCUUGCAAGGGAAGGUGGACAUUCUCACAAUAGAAUAGUUCAUUCUGCUGAUAUGACUGGAAGAGAGAUCGAAAGAGCACUGCUUCAAGCAGUCGAUAAUGAUGAUAACAUAUCUUUGUUUGGCCACCACUUUGCCAUCGAUUUACUCACCUGCCAGAGCAAUGGUGAAAUAUAUUGCUAUGGUGUGGAUUCAUUGGACACUGAAACCCAGAAGGCAGUCCGUUUCAUCUCAAAAGUAACAUUGCUUGCAUCUGGAGGAGUUGGACAUAUAUACCCCACAACAACCAAUCCACUGGUAGCUACUGGGGAUGGAAUUGCAAUGUCUCAUCGUGCGCAAGCUGUAAUAUCCAAUAUGGAAUUUGUGCAGUUCCAUCCAACAGCACUAUCAGAUGAGGGUCUCCCAAUAAAGCCAGCAACCAGAAGAGAGAAUGCAUUUCUCAUAACAGAAGCAGUCAGAGGAGAUGGAGGAAUUCUCUAUAAUCAGUCCAUGGAGAGGUUUAUGCCUUUGUAUGAUGACCGUGCGGAGCUAGCACCAAGGGAUGUGGUUGCAAGAAGCAUAGAUGACCAGCUGAAGAAGAGGGGAGAGAAGUAUGUCCUCCUGGACAUCAGUCACAGGCCAAGAGAAAAGGUUCUUGCCCAUUUCCCAAACAUUGCAGCUGAAUGCCUGCGCCAUGGCCUCGACAUCACCCGACAGCCGAUACCUGUUGUUCCUGCAGCUCACUACAUGUGUGGUGGUGUCCGGGCUGGGUUGCAGGGGGAGACAAAUGUGAAAGGCCUGUAUGUUGCUGGUGAGGUUGCGUGCACCGGAUUGCAUGGUGCCAACAGGCUUGCAAGCAACUCACUGCUUGAAGCAUUGGUGUUUGCUCGCAGGGCAGUGCAGCCUUCGAUUGAUCAUAUGGUCGAUGCAGAUGUCGAUCCUUCUUUCGCGACGAAAUGGGCUCGCCCUAUGCUCUCUGCCUCCCUUAGGGGCAGCAUACUGUCUGACAUCAUUGAGAAGACAAAGCAGACCAGGAUGGAGCUUCAGUCAAUUAUGUGGGGGUACGUCGGGAUAGUGCGGUCGACGAACCGUCUGAAGCAUGCUGAAUGGAAGAUCAGUGAUCUGGAGUCCGAAUGGGUGGAGUUCUUGUUCAGGAGGGGGUGGAAGCCUACAAUGGUGGGGGUUGAGGCUUGUGAAAUGAGGAACCUCUUCUGCUGUGCAAAGCUGGUUGUGAAGAGUGCUCUUGCAAGGCAUGAGAGCCGAGGCCUGCACUUCACUGAAGAUUUCCCUUACCUGGAGGAGAGCAAGAGGAAGCCCACAGUGAUCUUCCCUACUCACAUCCAGGAGCUGACAUGGAGUUCAAAGCCAUUGCAGAAGCAGCUGCAGUGCAAGUAGAUGGCACACCUGCACAAAAAGGAGUUUGGGAUUGAAGAUUCCAUUAAUUAAUUAAAAUUUGGCUGAAAAGGCAGCCUACUAUUCGACAAUAAACACAUUUAUUCAACCUGGAGUUGUGUGAGGAAUUCUCAUUGGCUGCAAUACAAGCCUGCAAUUAGGCUGAAGUAGCGUGUAUUUAACAACUCUUUUGUCGUACCAUUCUCAUAUGAUUCAGCUGUUGUAAGAUGUAAAAACGAGGCUGUGUUCUGAUCUACAAUUUGUAGUAUUUUUUUUUUCUGAAAGAAUGGGGAGUAGCCGAUCUGUAGUGUAGGAUUAAAGAAGGCUGUAUACAUUGAUUCGAUUGAAGGGAUGGACUCCCAACUCAAUCAAGUAUUAUCAUCAAUGUUGGUUGUUCA